GUGAUCACUAGCGCAGCAGUGCAUAGUGCGCUUGAAGCAUUACAUUGGAAAUAAUUUUUGCUACCAAAUAUCCGAAAAAUAAACCGAUCUGCUAACAACAAUGGAGAUCCAAAUCUUGACCGCUAAGUCGUCAAAAUUCGUGACCAAUGUGUCCGUAAAACAAACUACAACGAUACGAGAAGUUAAAGAAGAAUUAUACAAAUUAAAGAAAGCACCACCAGUACAGAGACAAUGCUUAAAGUUGGAUGUUAAAGGAAAGGCUUUAUCUGAUUCAGAUACCUUGAAAAGUUUAUCUGUUUCUGAUGGUAGUAAACUUUAUUUAAAAGAUCUUGGACCUCAGAUUAGUUGGAAAACUGUAUUCUUAGUGGAAUAUGCUGGUCCGUUAGUUCUCUAUCUGUGGAUGUAUGGUCGUCCAUGGAUUUUUUAUGGUGAUGUUGGUACAUCUAAAAUUGAUACCACAGUUCAUGUGGCAGCUAUAUGUUGGUCAAUCCAUUAUGCAAAACGUCUUUUAGAGACAUUAUUCGUGCAUCGCUUUAGCCAUGCAACAAUGCCACUACGUAAUCUCUUUAAAAAUUGUACAUACUAUUGGAUGUUUGCAAUGUAUGUGGCAUAUCAUGUAAAUCAUCCUCUAUUUACAUCUCCAUGCAGAUGCCAGUUUAUGACUGGUUUAGCAAUGUUUGCACUUUGUGAAUUGGGUAAUCUGAGUAUUCAUUUAGCUCUAAGGAACUUGAGACCACCAGGAACUACUAUAAGGAAGAUACCUGUACCCACCAAAAACCCCUUAACUCUGUUGUUCAAUUUUGUAUCAUGCCCCAAUUAUACUUAUGAAGUUGGUAGCUGGAUCGGUUUCACUAUCAUGACUUCGUGUCUUCCAGCUGCUCUGUUUACUUUUGCCGGCGCAUAUCAAAUGACUAUUUGGGCAUUAGGAAAACACAAGGCAUACAGGAAAGAGUUCUCCAAUUAUCCGAAAAAUCGAAAAGCAAUUAUUCCAUUUGUUCUUUAAAUAUCAUGUAAAUUUUAUUUUUACGUCAAGGGCAUAAUACUGGUAAAUAUUAAAAUAUUUUUUGUUCCA